AUGGCCAACCCACGAGUUGAGGAGCUCCCCGACGAGCCAGAGAAGAGGGACGUUGAGGUCGAGGACGAAUCAUCUGAUGAGUCAGAAGACGGUGCUGGUGAGGCCGGUAUCCCUGCCGGUGCGCAGGUUGCAGUUCACAACCGGAACGAGAAAAAGGCGAGGAAGUCCAUUGCGAAGCUCGGACUGAAGCGCGUUGAGGGUAUCACUCGGGUCACUCUUCGGAGACCAAAGAACAUUCUCUUCGUCAUCAGCCAGCCCGAGGUCUACAAAUCAGUGAACAGCAACACAUGGAUCAUCUUUGGUGAGGCCAAGAUUGAGGACCUUAACUCUCAGGCUCAAGCAUCUGCGGCACAACAACUCGCAGCUCAAUCUGCACACGAGGGUCACGACCACGACCACGACCACGAUGACAAGGGCAAGGCUAUCGAAGGCGACUCCAAGAAGGCUGCCGAGGAGGAGGAAGACGAUGGCGAAGAAGUCGAUGACACAGGUCUUGAGGCGAAGGACAUUGAGCUCGUCAUGGCUCAAGCAAGCGUGAGCCGGAAGAAGGCCAUCAAGGCGCUUAAGGAGAACGACAACGAUAUUCGUUCUGCUGCCCUUAAGAUCGACUGGGCCAACCUUGGCACCAAACUCGGCCUCCGUGGUAACACCGCGUCGGCGCUCGCUGCCUUCAAGAAGCGCAACGACGACGCCCGCCGCCGAGUGCAGAUUCUCUCUGAGCAGGCCCAGACCGUCGACUUCGCGCACUACCGCCAAACGCUUAAGAACCAGGACAUCAUAAACGACAUCAAGAAGCAGUUGAACGGCUUCCAGGUGAAGAAAUACGAUGUCAGCAAGCAGAUUAAGGCUAUCGAGGCGUUCGAGGCUCAGGCCGUGAAGAGUGCCGAGGAGACCAAGAGCAAGGUCGACGCGGAGCUGCAAGAUCUGGAGAAGACACUGAAGAACAUCGAGACUGCCCGACCCUUCGAGGAUCUCACAGUGGACGAAGUCGUUGCCGCCCGACCAGAAAUUGACAAGCGCGUCGAGCAACUCGUUUCCAAGGGCCGAUGGGCCGUUCCAGGCUACAAGGAGAAAUUUGGUGACAUGUCCAUCAUGUAA